UUUGGAAACGGAGUCUCAAAAUGAAGAGCAUCUGCUUAGUGCUGUUGUGUGCGGCCGUCUGUUACGCUUUGCCGAUAAGAAGCGAAGAAGAAAACUUUGAGCUUAUUCAGAAUUACUUAGAAAGAUAUUACAACUUUACAACAGAUGGGGGGGAAAUCUUCAGACGGACAAGCAAUCCUAUAGUAAAAAAAAUCAGAGAAAUGCAACAAUUUAUCGGACUGGAAGUGACGGGCAAACUGGAUUCUAAUACUUUAGAGGCAAUUCAGAAACCAAGGUGUGGAAAUCCAGAUGUUGGGGAAUUUGCCUUCUUCGCAGGACAGCCCAAAUGGACAAAAAAAGAUCUGACCUACAGGAUACUGAAUUAUUCACCAGACAUGCAAGAAGAUGAUGUGAAAGAAGACAUUAAGAAAGCUUUUCGAGUUUGGAGCCGGGUUUCACCAUUGACGUUCACCAGAGUUUCAGAAGGCAAUGCAGAUAUACUGAUCUCUUUUGGUUCUAGAGAGCACGGCGAUUUCAAUCCUUUUGAUGGGCCUGGUGGCACUGUCGCCCAUGCCUACGCCCCAAGCACUGGCAUUGGAGGAGAUGCCCAUUUUGAUGAGGAUGAAAACUGGACCAACGGCUUAAAAGGUUCCAACCUGUUUUUUGUGGCUGCUCAUGAAUUUGGUCACUCACUUGGACUCUACCAUUCCCAAGAUCCUAAAGCUCUGAUGUUCCCAGUGUAUAACUAUCCCGAACACAAUCAAAACGUUCUCUCUCAGGAUGAUAUUCAAGGCAUUCAGUACCUCUAUGGACCAUCAUCUGACCCAUCUCAAGACCCAGUAGAAGAUGAGAAGCCAAGGGAACCUGUCAGGCCAACCCAACCAGCAUUACCUACAGCCUGUGAUCCUCAUUUGACAUUUGAUGCUGUCUCCCCUUUUCGAGGAGAAAUACUGUUCUUUAAAAACAAGCAUUUCUGGCGGAAGCACCCUCGAUACACAAAUAUUGACUUCAGUUUAAUUUCUGAAUUCUGGUCAUUUUUACCCUCUGGUGUUGAUGCGGUUUAUGAAAAUAAUGAUAAGGACAAGGCUUUUCUUUUUAAAGGCAACCAGUUCUGGGCGGUGAAAGGAGAUUCUAGGCUUCCUGGAUAUCCCAAGCGCAUCAAUACCCUGGGCUUUCCAAAGGAUGUCAAGAAAAUUGAUGCAGCGUUUUUCAAUGCAAAUGAAAAAAGGACAUACUACUUUUCUUCUGACAGAUACUGGAGUUAUGAUGAAAGGAGCCAAACCAUGGAAAAGAAGCCCCGAAAGAUAAGAGAUGGAUUUCCUGGCAUUGAAGGGGAGAUUGAUGCUGCUUUCCAGCAUAAUGGCUCACUGUAUUUCUUCAAGGGAUCAGAUCAAUAUGAGUUUGAUCCUAAUACCAGAAGAGUUACUCGGAUCACAAUGGCCAAUAGCUGGUUUUCAUGCUGAGAAAAUUAAACCACUGAAGAUAACGACCCCGUUCAGAUGAUACACAAAACCAUGGUGGUUAAGCAUUUUGAGCUAAACAUUAUGGCUUAGCGUGUCAUGAGAACCAUGACUCAGUAUGUCAUGUGAACCAUUCUAUGUUGGCUACAUUACCACAGUUUAAACAUGCUUACUAACCACUUGCUGCAAAAGGGUUAGCAGCCUAGCCAUAGUUUAGUGUGUGGUCUGAACAGUCCCAUAGAAAACACUGUUGAAAAAUACUCAGGUGACCUUAUCCUGAUUACUUAGUACUAGCACUGGCCCUCUAUAAAUAGCGCCCUAUUAGG